AUGUCCCCGCUUUCGGGCCAACGUUUGACCUCAAGCCCUUACCACCAAACGUGUAUUCAGGUGGAAGCGUUUCAACACCGCAACAAGAUCCCAGAUUUCGCCUACUCGCAGAGUGACGGCUAUGAGGCCUUCACCGAGUGGUACGACGUGAACGCAUGUGCCGAAAGUCUACUCACCUCGUGGGCCGAGUGCGACGCUGAGGAAGCCUCGCGUUCGCCUGUGACGGACGAAGUUGGAGCCCGUUCGAUUCCCCCUUAG